AUGUCGAUUCGAUUCAAAUUCAGGAGCUCGGUGAAUUAUGAUGCGUUGGAGAUUGGAGAGCGCGCGUCGAUUGGCAUCGGGGAGCUGCGGGCGAUGAUUCUGAAGGGAAAAACGGCUCAGCAGCAACACCAACCAUUUGAUCUCGUAUUCUCUGACGCUGAUUCUGGUUUAGAGUUUAAGGGUGAUGAUUGCAGUAUUCCAAGCGGAUCCAGCGUCAUUGUUAGGAGAGUUCCUGCUGGAACUAUGGCACCAGCUGUGUCACCUGUUCAAGCUGUUAAAGAUGUUGAAAUAAAAGGGUCACAUGAUCUGAAUCCAGGCAGUGAACCAGUGGACACAUUUGAUGGCUCAGGUGCUGAGUUGUGUCUCAUGCCUGAUUCAACCUUUACUGGUUUCAAUCUUGAAUUUGACGAAAAUGACUUCCUGGGUAAUGGAAUGGACCAAGUGGCAGGUGUAAGCAGGGCAGAAUGUCAAAAGCAGGGUAUUAGUAAUAUCAGUCAUGAAAGACCAAGAGGUUGUAAUCUAUCCGGAAAUGAGAGGAUUGCUGUAGUCAGAGUCGACCAACAAAUAAAGCCAAUUAAUGGCCCACAUUCCUCCAGCCUCCAGGCCAUACAAUGUUCCAAAUUGCCAGUAGAAAUGAAAUGUCCUCUUUGCAACUCUUUCUUCAAGGAGGCCGUCAUGAUUCCUUGCUGCCAGCAUAGCUUUUGCCAAAAUUGUAUCCGCCAAGUGCUUAUUGAGAAGGGGAAGUGCGCAAAGUGCUUUUCAAGAAAAUGCCGUGUGGAGGACCUGCUACCAAACUUCUCUUUGCGUCAAGCUAUCGAGCAUUUCCUUGAAGCUGAGAUGCUCGAUGCUGGUUUAGAGCACGCCUUGCAGAAUUAUGUGCCAGAUGGAGAGUCUGGAAUUGAGGCUAGGGACUUUUCGUGUGCGCCUUCAGUUGUCCAAAAGGAACUGGAAUUGCCUCAGUCCUCAUCCGCAACUGGGAAAGGAUCUAACCAAGUUUAUAAGGAAGCGUUUUUUGAGCAACAAUGUCAAAGAAAUGUGCCAGUUUGUGCCUCCGGAAUAAGGGAAGUAAAAUCCGCUGUUCCAUCACAGAAAGUCAAUCAAAUAGAUGAUAUGAGUGGCUACUAUUGUCAUGAUGGAAUGCGAAGUGAGCCUGAAGAUUUUGUGCCAUCAGCCGACUUUCAAGGUGAAAAUCAACCUGUUAUUCCUCUAACUAAUGUUCAUGAUGAAGCUGAUUAUAACACCAGGAGACGAGGGGGACACUGGAUCGGAUCUGGAGGUGGAGAGAGAAAUUUUAUUGGUCCCUCUGGACAUAGAAAGGGUGUCCGGAAUUGCUACACAUGUGGUUCUCCUGAUCACCUCAUGAGAGACUGUCCUAUGUCCCACCCAAAUCCCAUGUUUCAGCCAGGGAAUGGAGCGUAUCAUGGGGGUAUGCCAGGCUAUGUGCAGCCACCUUACUGGAAUAGCUCCUCAAUGCCGCCUUUCAGCCCAUAUGCAAACAUGUAUGGGAACCCUGGAAUGAUGUAUUUCAACACAUCCAUGGUUCCUGUUUCACCAUUUGCUGCGCCUCCCUACUUUCCUUCAAUGAGCGCUAGCAUGGCCGGUUCUGGUGCCAACAUGAGAAUGUGCAAUAUGGGGCCUCCUCGACAUUCAGAUCAUUUUGGGCUGCAACCUUGCGAGAACAAAAGGAAGCACCCAAAUGAAGAGCUCGAAAGGGGAAUUAUUUCUGAGAUGGAAGAUGAGUCCCCAACACGCUACCGGCAUGUAAACCCGGAAAGAUCACAUGAUCACGGGCCUCAAAAAGAGGACAAGCUGGGCCUAACCCGCUCGGACGACAGCUUUGCCCGGUGGUCGGCAGGAAAAUACCAGCACGGCAAGUUUCCGCAUGAGAAGGUUUCCCGCCCAUCCAACUCCAGUCGGGACAAGGGGCCUUUCCACGGUGAGAGAUCGAAUUCGGGCAAGGAGGAACCUUCUAGAAGCUCCGAGGUCAGGCACAGGCACCAUCAUCACAGGGAGUCGAGGAGACACCACGAGAGAAAGGGUAACUGUGAGAGUGAAUCAAGCCACAGUCAUCACUCAGCACAGAAAGAUGCCAAAAGGGGCUCGCAUCAUAGCCCGUCCGCUUUUCGGAGGAGGGAAUACAGAGAUCUGGACGUGGGUCGUGAUUACUCGAGGCAUGGCAGGAAGCACUCGAGGGAGGAAAGUCGUGAGGACAGGUGGCGGACGGGUAAUGGCCUGUACGGGGAUGAGUAUCGUCACCAUAAGCGAAGAGCACAUUGA